AUGUUAACCAUCACUGGGAUCCAAGACGAGGAUGUGGCCAUCUACAACUAUGGGAGGUACGACAGCAGUACUAAUGCUGACGUGUCCUCUCUCUCCUCUCCCUCUCCAGGUUCCCUGGUCCAGGCAGCGCUGACUCAGCCCCCAUCGCUCUCAGUGGAGCCAGGAAAGAACGCCCAGAUCACCUGCUCCGGGAGCAGCUAUGACUAUGGCUGGUACCAGCAGAAGGUGCCUGGCGGUGCCAUUGUCACUGUGAUCUAUGGUAGCAACAAGAGACCCUCGGACAUCCCUUCGCGAUUCUCUGGAUCCAAGUCCGGCUCCACGGGCACGUUAACCAUCACUGGGGUCCAACCCGAGGACGAGGCCGUCUAUUACUGUGGUGGCUGGGACAGCAGCACUGGUGCUGAUAGGGUCAUGGUGAUGCUAAGAUUGCUAUAUUCCUUCCUGUUCCUUCCUACACCUCCUCUGGUUGGAAAAGAUGCAGAGAGCAGGCAGUUGGUGCCAUGUUGCACUUGUACUUCUUCCAGCUCUGCCUUUGCAGGGUUUUGUCUACAUGUCUGUUCUGAUGCCACUUCCCCUCUGGUGCUACCAGUGCAGUGUUGGUGUGUGAUGCUGGGCACCUCCAUCCUUGCUCUGGGUACUGCAAAUGAUGGUUUCCAUUGCACAGUGUUGCUGUACUGUUGUGCAGAGGGAGUCUCUGUCCCUUUUGUGUCUGAGAGCUUUUCCAUUGGGAUGAACAGGCUUAGGGGAAUCCUUGGCUGGGGAGGGAUCUAUCUCGACUCGGCCUGGGCUGCUCUGUGGACAUUCCUGACUAAUCUUAAGGGGUGCAGAGAAGCCAAUGGGCCAGAGUCCGUGUGCCGUGAGUGCUUCGUGCUGCUGUACUGGCAGGACAUAUCCCUGCAGCAAUGCAGCCAUGCCGGGUGCCAGGGAGGGUGCAGGGGCAAUUGCCAGCCUGCAGGAUCCUGGGGCACUGCAGCAGGGCAGGGAGACCUCCUGCCUGAGUCCCUUGCUCUCACAUGGCUCUGGCUCUCCCACCCCAGUGUCUCUGUUCCCGGGGGGAAGAUCAUAUCUGGGUGCAGCGGCAAUGUUUAUGGCUGGUUCCAGCAGAAGGCACCAGGCAGUGCCAUUGUCACUGUGAUCUAUGAGAGCAGCAAGAGACCCUCGGGCAUCCCUUCACGAUUCUCCGGAUCCAGCUCUGGCUCCACAGGCACGUUAACCAUCACUGGGGUCCAAGCUGAGGAUGAGGCCGUCUAUUACUGUGGUGGCUACGAUGGCAGCUAUAAUGGUGACAUGGAGCAAUGAGUAAGUGAUACAAACACUCCCCACCAUUGCAGGGGCCACUUAAGGGUCUCUGCUGUCCCUGUUUGGUGGUGGGACAGGUCUCUGCCAUAGGCAUGCCCUGUGCUGCAAGCGCCUGAGCCUGAUGUCCCAGCUCGGCUGUCCAUUAGACCCCCAUGUCUGUGCCCGUCCCCUGUCACUUGGCAAGGGGCUGUGCA